AUGGUCACUCUAAAAGUGGAUUCAGUACCACAACUCCAAAAGCCCACAGAAACCAAUAGCAGCCUGCCAGUACUGGAAGGCAGUUUUUCUUACAGCUCAGUGGGCACCAGUAGGAGUAUGAGAAAGCGUGAAGCUGGCAAGCAAGCUCUGCCUAGGAGGAAGGAAUGGCUAUAA